AUGGACGCCGAUGUCGAUGAGAUCAAUAUCGAUGAUGACGACGAUGCUGGCAUUUUCAGCAUCGCCAAUGACCGCCAAAGUGAGGACGAUGACACCCUCAAUGGUGAAAAAUACUUGCUUUCAGCAGUGAACAAUGAAGCGCAUUGCUGUUGA